AUGUCUCCUUGCUCCAUAACCUCCAUAACCAACAACCUCCCCCUCCGCAAUCUUUCAACAUCCUUCAAAAAAUGGAGCACAAAACAAUACACAAUCGCCGCAUUCGCCUUACUCCUCUUCUUCUCAUACGCUUUCCUUAUCCGAUCCAAUCCCCACUCUCAUCACUCUCACUCCUACUCCAACCUCAUUCCCUUCACCCCUCUCACCAACUUCAAACAAAUCGGCGCACUUUGCUUGGAUGGGUCUGCUCCUGGUUACCAUUUCCAAGAGGGAUUUGGAUCCGGAUCGCCUAAUUGGUUGCUUCAUCUCGAGGGAGGAGGGUGGUGCAGUUCCGUAGCUUCAUGUUCUUAUAGGAAAACAACUGCUUUGGGCUCGUCUCAUUAUAUGGAUACACCUGUUCUUUUUACAGGGAUGCUAAGUUCUCUUCCUUCUCAAAACCCUGAUUUCUUUAACUGGAACAAGGUGAAGAUACGCUAUUGUGAUGGUGCAUCCUUUGCUGGUCACCCAGAAAGUGAGGUUAGGAAAGGAAGUGGGUUGUUCUUCAGAGGCCAGAUCAUAUGGGAAACUAUUAUGAAUGAACUCUUAUCAAUUGGCAUGUCGAAAGCGAAGAAGGCUCUGUUGACAGGAUGCUCUGCUGGAGGAUUGGCAACUCUUAUACACUGUGAUAACUUCAGACAAUUACUUCCAAAAGGGGCUACUGUUAAAUGUCUCGCGGAUGCAGGCUUCUUCCUCAAUGAGAAGGAUAUUCUUGGAAAUAGCACAAUGAAAUCUUUCUAUCAGGAUGUUGUUCAGCUCCAGGGUGUUGCAAAAAGUUUGCACAAAGAGUGCCUUGCUAAAAUGGAACCAUCUAAGUGUUUCUUUUCAUCCGAAAUUCUGAAAAACAUAAAGACUCCUGUUUUUCUUGUUCACCCAGCUUAUGAUUUUUGGCAGAUACACAAUAUUUUGGUACCUCAAGGAUCAGAUCCUCAUCGUCGCUGGAAAAGCUGUAGAUUGAACAUUCAAAGUUGUGAUGCUAACUUGAUGGAUACACUUAACAAUUUUCGAAGUUCUUUGCUGAAGACUGUGAACGAGUUCCAGCAACGAAAGGAUAUUGGAAUGUUUAUAGAUUCCUGCUUUAUCCAUUGCCAGACUUUGAUGGAAGAGACUUGGUUUUCACCUAAUUCUCCAAAAAUAAACGAUAAGACAAUUGCUGAAUCCGUUGCCGAUUGGUUCUUUGACCGACAAGUGGUAAAGCUUAUUGAUUGUCCUUAUCCAUGUAAUCCUACUUGCCAUAAUUUGGAUUUCACCAGAGUAUAA